GGAGUUCAUACACUCAUACUACAGGAAGAAAACCCUGCUAAAACCCGAGUCUCUCAUACGCAGAUCAUUUGAAAAAUGAAAAGAAUCAACAAAACCCUAAUUACAAAUCUGCUUAAUUACACAACUCAUAGAUGUUAUUACACAAACAGACUCAACAAAGAAACACUCUACACAAGAAUCAGUCCACUUGGAAACCCUAAUUUGGACUUAACUCCUGAGCUUGAUAACUGGAUUCAAAAGGGUAAUAAACUCAGAUUUGCUGAGCUUCAACGCAUUGUUCUCGACCUUCGCAGGCGGAAACGAUACUCGCAAGCCCUUCAGGUUUCUGAAUGGAUGAAUAAAAGAUGUGUUUAUGUAUUUACUCCAACCGAACAUGCAAUCCAGCUGGACCUGAUAGGCAGAGUUCAUGGAUUUGUCAAUGCGGAAAGUUACUUCAUGAGUUUGAAUGAGCAGGACAGAACUGAAAAGACAUAUGGUGCUCUUCUCCAUUGUUAUGUGCGACAGCGUCAAACUGACAAGGCCCUGUCGCAUCUAGAGAAAAUGAAGGAUUCCGGUGUUGCUCUAUCACCUCUCAAUUACAAUGAUAUCAUGUCUCUCUAUUCUUCCACUGGAGAACAUGAGAAGACUUACGAAGUCUUAAUGGUAAUGAAAAGGGAUGGUAUCACACCUGACAACUUCAGCUAUAAAAUCUGUAUCAAUUCUCUUGGAGUAAUGUCAGAUAUUGAGGGAAUGGAAAGAAUCUUAAAGAAAAUGGAAAGCGAGCCCCAUAUUUCCAUGGACUGGGUUGCUUAUGCAACUGUAGGGAAUCAUUAUAUUACGGCAGGCCUCAAAGACAAGGCAAAUAUCGCUCUAAACAAAGCUGAAGCAUUUUUGGAUAAUAAAAAUGGUAUUGGUCAUAACCAUCUCAUUACACUCCAUGCUCGCCUAGGAAAUACAUCUGAUGUCUUUCGAAUGUGGGAUCUUAUGAAGAGUGCUUGUAAAAGGUGUAUUAAUAAGGAUUAUAUAAUCAUGCUGGACACUCUUGCAAAGCUUGGUGAGUUCACCAAAGCUGAAGAACUAAUUGAAGAAUGGGAGGCAUCUGGAAAUUGCUACGAUUUUCGAGUACAAGAUGCUUUAAUUACUGGGUAUUGUAAUGUGAGAUUGUAUGAUAAAGCCAGGGAAAUGCUUGUAAAGUUAGUCGAUAAACAGAGGACUACAAUACCAGGAAGUUGGGAAAGAGUUGCAGUAGGGUUCUUAGAAAAUGGUGAGAUGGAGAAGGCUCUAUAUUGUUUCAAAGAAGCUCUUUCUUUACAUGCUGAGAGCAAAAGAUGGAAGCCAAAUCACAAGUCCAUUACCAUUCUAAUUAAUUCAUUAGCUGAGAAAGGCAGUUCUGAAGAGGUUGAAAGUUUUAUUGCCUCGUUAAGAAAUGUUAUCCCAGUAAACAGACAAAUGUAUCAUGCUUUAAUGAAAGCAUAUUUAAGAGAUGGUAAAGAAGUGGAUGGAAUCUUAAAUAGGAUGAAAGCCGAUGCCAUACCUGAGAAUGAAGAAACAAAGAAGAUUAAGAACAUGGAGCAGGUAAAAAAUCAAUAGCCAACAGCAACUGUACUGUUAUAUGCUAAUUGCUAGCCUAUGCAAUUUGCUGGUGCUAGUUGGCAUGUAUAUAGGUAAUGUCGUGUUAUUUUACUGUUGUUUCAUUAAAUGUAAUUCAGCUUAUUAUAGAAAAUAAACUUUAGAGAGGUUACUUGUUUUUCUUCUAAUAAACUUCAAAAUGUUAUUGA